AUGGAGGAGAUCUCGAAAUACGAAGUCGACUUGUAUGGCGAGAAGUGGACGCUGAGUGACAUCUGUUUCAAGCCGCCUAGCCCAAAGUUCCACACAGGACCUCUAGCCAAACUCAUGAAUUCGCUGUUGGACAAGAUGAUACCUUGUAUAUGGAUCACUCCCAUUGACUGCUACUGGGAAGGAUCGAAGCCAUUGGGCCCAUAUCCGCCUAUCAAUCUUGGUGAGGAAGUGAGUGGUUUCGUAACCGCACUCCCGAAGGGUAAUGUGUCGUGGAAGAACUUGAACCCGACUGCUGUUAUGGCCGAAGUUAGCACACUCUUUGAUCUCGGUCCAAUCGGAAACUUCUUCGAACGAGCCGGUAUCGGUGCGGCUUACCUGGAUCGGCCAUGCAUCGACCCGCUGGAUCCUGAAUGCCCGAAAACGGCACCCAAUUAUUACGACCGAUGUAAUGCUAUGGAGAAAUUCAACGAAUGGAACAUGGCGAAACCAGAUUCCGAAAAGAUUCAACUCGAACGUAAGCCGUUACCCGAGACGAAAAGCCAACAGGAUGGACCAUCACAUCUGACCGAAUCCAUCCUUAACGACAUUUUCGGAAGAAAGAAACGUGACACCACUGCCACUAAGAAACCUACGAAUUCGGAGAAGUCUAAUCCAAAAGACGAAGAUUACUAUGCGUAUGAAGACUCCGAUUAUGAUGUCACUGGAAUCCAAAAUGCGACGUGUGAGCUCUUCUCCAUAAAUGCUUCAACGAAUAAUGAUUAUUAA